AUGUCGACACCGCGAUUCGUGUGUCAGCACUGCGUCCGCGCUGCGCUUUUGCGGCCGGCGCGGCCUCGUCGGCUCCCACGACCACCAAUGAUUGGACAAGCACGGCCAUACUCGACAACAGACAGCCCGAAACAGCCUUUGAGUGAGACGGCCGAGAAGAAGGAGUCAAGUGCCAUGUCAAGACGGCUCGAAGAAGCAACGGAAGACGCCCUUCUGACCGGCGGCCGUGCUGGGCGGCGUGCCGUCGAAGAAGCCGGUUUCAGCGAAGAGCUCAAGAACCGCCUGUUCGACAAGAUUGCCGACGCCGAGUUCCGGACCGAGCACAGCCGCACCAUUGCUGCUGCUGGACUGGACGCACAGACACUUGGGUCGGCCAGCCGGACGGGUGCCGGCACGCGUGGCCUGGCGGCGGCGCAGCACUGGACCGGCGACGAGGCACCGGAAGACACGAUCCUGCGCAUGCUCGACGAUGCACGAAAGCCGCUGCCGCCGAGCCUGCGCGGGAAGCCGUCCAUACCGAACCCAGUUGUUGUGGACCUGCGGCUGCGGCGACCGCCGUCUCAGACUCCGGGCCAGCGGGCGGCCAACGCGCGCGACAAGGCCACGGUGUACGCUGGCAUGGGCAUGGGAGACAAGACAAGGGCAAAGGACCAGCAGAAUGGGAACGGCCCCGUCGAUGCAGACGCCGACGAGAAGCAGCGCGCCGCCUUUCGAAAAGAGCUGCGCGAGCGGUUUGGCGCAGGGGCCGGCGCGGCCAACAUGCCCAACACGUUUACCGGCCUGGCCGCGCUGGCCAACGAGCGCAUCGAGGACGCCAUUGCGCGCGGGCAGUUCCGCGACAUUCCGCGAGGGACAAACGUCGCGCGGGAUGCGCGUGCCGACAACCCGUUUAUUGAUACCACCGAAUACAUUAUGAACAAGAUGAUCCAGCGGCAGGAGAUUGUGCCGCCGUGGAUCGAGAAGCAACAGGAGCUCGUGCGGUCGGCGCGGUCGUUUCGGAUGCAACUGCGGACGGACUGGCGGCGGCAUGCGGCGCGGUCGCUGGCCAGCCGGGGCGGGUCGCUCCAGGACCAAAUGGCGGCGGCCGAGCGAUACGCGGCAGCUGAGCAGGUGCACAACCCGCGGCGGCGGGACGUGGACAAGAUGGCGGUGGCGACCAACCACACCGACGACGCAGUGAUGGCGCAGGCCGGCAAGCGCGCGGAGUCUGCCACGGCCACCAACGCAGCCAACAUAGCCGAAGCCGACGCCGAAGCCACACCCACACCCACACCCACACCCGCCGAUGCGACGGUCGGCGACUUGACCCGCCCCUUGCGUGAUCCCCAGUGGGAAGCCGCCGAGCGCGCGUACAUGGAGCUCGCGAUCCGCGACCUCAAUGCCUUGACCCGGUCGUACAACCUGAUGGCGCCCGAGCUGGCCAAGAAGCCCUACUUUUCGCUGGACCGCGAGCUUCUGGCGUGCUUUGCAGACGUGGCGCCCACGCUGGCCGAGACGAUCCGUGACCGUGCGGCGCGGCCGCCCAAACCCAACCCGGACGCCGUGAGCGAGACCAUGGGGCGGCGGGUGCUGGAGCGGUUUGUUGGCGAGGGCAGCACAGGGUCGGUGCGGGUGUACGACAAUAAGAAGCCGCACUACGGACUCAAGGAGAUGUGGCGGGAUCUGUGGAAGAAGGAGAAGACGGCAUGA